GGCGGGCCGUGCGGCCGGGCUGCCCCGAGGCUCCUCGAAGUGCUGCAGCUCACUCGCUCCCGUCCCGUCGGGCCUCCCCUUUAGGUGUCCCCAAUGGAGGACUACCGCCGCCUCUCCGACCAGGAGCUCGUCCGCAUGCUCAAGCUCUACAAGAUCCCGCACGGGCCCAUAGUGGGUUCAACCCGAAAACUGUAUGAAAAGAAAAUCUAUGAAUAUGAAAGUCAGAGAACCAAGCUUUCCCCUGGGACUGUCAGCUCUUACCACUAUCCAGAGGAUUUUGAGGGUGAAGCUUAUGGUUCCAGACAGGAUGAAGAUGAAGACAUGGAAGAAGUUGACUAUGACAAUUACUAUGAAGAGAGUUACUCAACUACCAAGACUUAUGGGGAGGCUGAUACUGCAGCCAUCCCAGUAGCCAAGGCCAGGACCAACUUCCAGGAGCCCCAGCCCUCCACAAGCUACAGCAGUGACAGUGUCAAGGCUCCUACCUACCACAUGCGCCAGCGGAUAAGAGAGAAUAUUCUCUACCCCUUAGCCCAGGAGGAGAACAUAGACAGUGACUCAGCCUACUUCCACCGAGACAGCAAUGCCUACCAGAGUGUUUCUCACUACCGAUCCAGUGCUGGUGCAAGCCCUGACUCGGCCUUCUCUUCCAGCCCAGUGAUUUCUUCUUCCUUUUCUUCCUCCACCCCAGUUUCCUCAGCUUCCCCAAACUUCCAAUGGUACUCCUUCCCUUCGGAGGUGGAAGCCCGCCAGGCUAUUAGACCUGACCAAGGCCCUGGGGCUGAGCUCAGAAAGAGUGGUAGAAUGGUGCCCCUUUGGGUCCAGUUCCUUCUCUUCAUUGGUUUUGCUCUCUUUCUGGCCUUUUUGUACUAUUUCAUGCAGGUAGAUGAUGACAACCCCUUCCGUCUCCACCCCUGAAGGCCCCUUCUGGGCCCUGGGAACAGGUGGAGUCCUGGUCCCAUUUUGACCUUCUCUGCCUCUCACCCUUACUUUCUAGCCUCCCUUCUGGGGUGAUUGGGGGGCACAGGGAUAUCUUCCUGUUCUUGUUUGCUGUAGGCCCUGUUGAGAGUGCCACUAUGGCCCAUUUGGUUUCUCCAGGUCGUACCCAUAGUGCCUUGUUGUUUGGCUGCAUUUUAAGCCUUUUGUUGGAUUGAUUGGAAAAGAGUGUUCAUAUUUGUUUAAAUGUUGGUUUCUGGAAAAGGAGUUGCCCUGGCCCAGCACAGAUAUGUCCCCUGCCCCCAAUCACAUUUGGGCAGACAGAUCGGGGGUGUCUUCUAGGAAUCCUUUCCUCGAAGCAAGCUGUGCUACAGCUCCCAGGCUAGACUUCCCCUUGGAACUCACUCCUGAGGUCAGGGGGAGUGGUAUCCAAAUACCAUAGUGUUCUUGAGGGCAUUGCUCUUUGGCACCUUAUUUAGUCUCCAUCUCACCUGAUACCUUUGUAGACCUUCUCCCACCCCAGCAAUGCCAUUGCUCCCCCUGCAUCCCUGCCCUCCAUACGAGGGCAGGACGACUGACCCUUCCUCCUCUUGGAUAUCUCAGACCUGGUGGAGAAGUGAGACUUUCAACAAAACUGCCAACCAUCCUUUCCUUGACUUUGUUCUCAUACACUUCGUGAAAUAAAGGAUUUGUUUAUUUUUCAAAA